UCAGCCCUGCAGAUGCUCUACACGGCCAAGGAGGCCGGAGGAAACCCCAAGGCGGCCCACACCCAGGAGGCUCUGGAGGAGUCCGUCCAGAUGAUGAAGGAGGCGGUAGACGACUUAGGCGCCACCCUGUCGGAGACGGCCAGCGCUGCGGGCGCCCUGGGCGGCAUGGUGGACUCCAUCACCGCCGCCAUCAACAAGAUGGAGGAGAGCCCUGCCGGCGAGCCCGAUGGCUCCUUUGUGGAUUACCAGACAACCAUGGUGAAGACUGCCAAAGCCAUCGCGUCACCGGUGACUAAGUCCAACACCAACCCAGAUGACUUGGGAGGUCUGGCCAGCGAGCUUACUAAUGAGUUUGGAGAGCUAGCCACCGAGGCCAAACACGCAGCCAUCACUGCAGAGAACGACGAGAUUGGUUCCUACAUCAAGAAGCAGGUUGGGGAGCUCGGCUUCAACUGUACUGGGCUGGUGACUAAGGCCGGAGCUCUGCAGUGUAGUCCCAACGACUCCUUCACCAAGAAGGAGCUGAUCGACAGCGCACGCAAGGUCUCCGAGAAGGUGUCUCAUGUGCUGGCGGCCCUUCAAGCUGGUAACCGUGGCACCCAGGCCUGCAUCACAGCAGCCAGUACCGUGUCGGGCAUCAUCGCCGACCUGGACACCACCAUCAUGUUCGCCACCGCCGGCACGCUCAACCGUGAGAACUCGAAACCUUCGCCGACCACAGAGAGCACAUCCUAAAGACAGCCAAGGCGCUGGUGGAGGACACCAAGCUGCUGGUCUCUGGUGCCGGGGCCAGCCAGGAGAGACUGGCCCAGGCUGCCCAGUCUUCCGUCAUCACCAUCACCAAACUGGCCGACGUGGUAAAACUGGGCGCCGCCAGCCUGGGCGCCGAGGACCCCGAGACACAGGUACAACUGUUAGAAGCAUG